AUGCUCUUCGUCCUCUGCAGUUCGAAUGACGCUCCAGAUGACAUUAAGCUCUGGAGCGUCAUUCGAACUGCAGAGGACGAAGAGCAUCUGCAGUCGAACCUAAACCGACUCCAACAGUGGUCAAAGGCCUGGCUUCUGCGGUUCAACGAGAAAAAGUGCAAUAUUCUACGAGUCGGCAGAGCUCGCUCUCCGAACCAUAUGGCCUACUGCCUAAACGGUAUACCACUGCAAGAAGUGGACUCGCAGAAGGACUCGGGAGUAUGGAUUACGACCUCGCUCAAACCUUCGCUGCACUGCACGAAGAUAGCCAAGUCUGCAAUGUCAGUCCUCUACCUUGUCAAGCGGGCUUUCUCUGCCUUUGAUGAAGACUGCUUCGCUAAAGUCUUUCGAACUUUUGUGCGUCCGCAACUAGAAUUUGCUAUCCAAGCUUCGAGACCCUGGACCGCGAAGGACCUCAGCAUACUUGAAAGGGUUCAAAGGCGUGCAACGAAACUUGUGGCAGGACAGGGUUCACUACCAUAUGCAACGCGGUUAGCUAACCUUGAUCUCUUCCCAAGAUACUUCACCCAGGGCAAGGUGUACAUGGCUAAAUACUACUUGUUGUACGGACAACUAUUAGUACGGCGCAUUUACGAUGACCUCGAUUGCACACCCUUGACAAAGAGUGGACGCCGAUAUUGCAGACAUCAUUUGGGAUCUCCAAAUAGGGCGAGGUUUGGUUCUGCAGCCCCACUUCAUUGA